AUGUCUAAAAUACCAUCUUGUUUAGGAAUAAUUUCUGGUUUAACGAAAUUCGACAAUGUCUCUUUUGGAAUUAGUACAUUACAGUCAAAUAAUAUGUCGCCAGAAUCAAGAAUUGCAAUUGAAACUACGUUUGAAGCAAUCAUUGAUGCUGGAAUAAAUCYUGCAGAGCUACGCGACAAGAAAAUCAAUGUUUACGGGGUAUUGAGUUUAUAUGAGUCAGAUGUUAAUACUACAAACAUUAAAGAAAAGAAAGAUGGAUAUUUUUUGACUGGUAAUUGCCGUGCUAUGCUAUCAAAUCGGAUUUCAUUUGUUAUGAGUCUAAUUGGAUCAAGCUGUAGUAUUGAUUCAAAUUCCACAUCAAGUGCAGUAGCAAUUCAAAAAGCUUACCAAGCUAUUAAAGCUAGAGAAUGCGAUAAUGCGAUUGUAUGUAGUGGAGCCUUAAGUUUACUUUCUAAAACAUCCUAUCAACUCUCUGAAUUAGGUUUGUUGUCAUCCRACGGGCUAAACAGGUCUUUCGACAAAAAUGCUUCUGGAUUUUUAAGAAGCGARUCAGUAGGAACUAUUUUCUUACAAAGAGCUAAAGAUGCAAAACGAGUAUAUGCUGAGGUCRUUAAUAUUUGUGUUAGUUACACUCCAGCAAUUUCAAGAAAAACUUGUAUAUUUUCUACAGCUGAAUUUCAAGCUCAAAUAAUGAAACAGACAUUGAAACAAUGCA